UCCCCCAUACUGUGCUCAAAAAACUCUUGCUAACGUGGCUGAGCACGAACAAAGCGUGACAGAAUAAUACCAAUUGGAGACGUUUAAAAUUAACAGGAUUGGCUUUUUAACUAGUUAUUAGAAAUUUUGAAGAAGUUUAAUAAAUCAAGAAAGAAAUAUUGCCAAUUAAGGCUCAAAGCUCAAUGGCCACUAUAGAAAAUAAAAAUAAAGAAAUAAUCAAGAUAGGUUUUUGGAACAUAGCAGGAUUGAGAAAAAAAAAAGAUAAACAAGAAGAAACCUUAAAAAAAUUUAAGAAAUUUAUAAAAGAAAAAGAUCUAGAUAUAAUAGGAAUAAUAGAAACGUGGAUAGAGGAAAAGGAUUGGAACGAAGUAAAAGAACAAUUACCGCAGGAUUACAUAUGGGGAUGUCAAUUUGCAACAAGAGAAAACCCUAGAGGAAGAGGCAUAGGAGGAAUUAUAUCAGGAAUAAAGAAGGAAAUAGAUAAAAAAGCAAUAAUAAUAAAUCAUGAAAAUAAUAUUCAAGAAGUAAGAUUCAAGAUAGACAAUGAAACAUGGCAAGUGUUAACUAUAUACAGUAAUUGUCAAAUACAAGAUUUACAAUCGAAAUUAGAUAAAAUCAUAGAAGAAUCAGAGAGGGCGAAAUUAAUAAUAGGAGGGGACUUCAAUGCAAGAAUUGGUCUUGAGGAUAGCAAAUGUGAAAAAGAGGAACCAGAUAGCAAAUGUGAAAAAGAGGAACCAGAUAGCAAAUGUGAAAAAAAGGAACCAGAUAGCAAAUGUGAAAAAGAGGAACCAGAUAGCAAAUGUGAAAAAGAGGAACCAGAUAGCAAAUGUGAAAAAGAGGAACCAGAUAGCAAAUGUGAAAAAGAGGAACCAGAUAGCAAAUGUGAAAAAGAGGAACCAGAUAAAGGGGAAAGAACUUCAAAAGAUGGGAUAAUAAAUACAGAAGGAAGAAGAUUUCUGGAAAUGGUAAAACAAAAAGGAUGGGUUAUUCUCAAUGGAAAUGUAAAAGGGGACAAAAGUGGAGAAUUUACAAGCGAAAGUACACCUGGUAAUUCGGUAAUUGAUUAUGUAGUGGGAAAUUUAGAAAUGAAAAACAAUGUCAGAAAUUUCAAAGUAGAUAAAGAAAUAAUAUCAGACAAACAUCAUCCUGUGAUUCUCGAACUAUAUCGAAAAGAAAUAGGAAAAAAGAAGAUAGAAGAAAAGAGAGAAAAAAGAAUAUAGACAGAAGAUGAAAAGAUUCAAUUUGUAGAAGAGAUGAAAAAAAGAAUGAAAAAAAGAAAUUUCAAAGAAAAAGGAGCUAAUGAUAUGAUGGAAGAAAUUACA